AUGUCCUCGUCGGCUCCAAAUAUACCGGAAUCUGUCUGCACGCCAUGGAUGGCUCUCAUAAAACCCACCACCUUUCGUGAUCUAGAUCACAGGCGCGAUUAUAUCUCUCGGUUUUUCUUGACUCUAAUGUCCAACAGACUCCACGAGGAAAUCAUCGCAUACUCUACCUACGCUGGGACGACCUUUGAAGAAGUUCAUAUACGCGAAAAAGUCUUCCGUUUCAUUGAAAAUGCUGUUAGGGGCACUAUUCCUGGGAGUCGCGUCGGGGUAUUUGGGAGCGUCGUGACUGGGUUGACUCUUCCCGUUCCGGACUUGGACUUGGCCAUCGUAGCAGAACGUAUGACGACGAAGCGUGACAUCAAGAGGCAGCUGUUCAGACUGCGGGACCAAUUCCAGCGCGGACGGCUCAUUGAUGAUGCCCAGGUGCGGGUUCACGCCAAGGUACCGAUUGUGAGGUUUACGACGCGUCCUGAGUUCGGUUCGAUAAGCGUGGACAUUGGUGUGAACAACAUAGAUGGCAUACACGUCGCGGAGAUGAUCAAAGAAUAUCUGGCAAAGAUGCCUCAAUUGAGGCCCUUGGUGCUUGUCACGAAAGGCCUGCUUUCCCGGUCGGGCUUCAACGAUCCCGCUCAUGGGGGUUUGGGGAGUUAUGCAGUUGUUUGUAUGUGUAUCAGCUUCUUGCAGAUUAACCCGCCAUCGGAGUCGCUGGGGAAACUCCUCGCUGACAUGCUUUACUAUUACGGCGUUUCAUUCUCCUACGAGACAUCUUAUAUCUCUGUGAGAGAAGGACAGGUCCUGCCCAAGUCGAGUGCGGCGUGGUGCGGAACUGGCGAUAAGCUCGUUAUCCAGUGUUUGAAGAAUCCAGAGAAGAACAUAGCCUCGUCAGUAGAUCGCACAGCGCGGUUGCGUGAAAUCUUCAAAGAGGCGUAUACGAAGCUUUUGAAGGCGACAGUUCAGGAUCCCGUAGUUCUCGGCACGAUUGUAGGUUAUCCGCGGAGUGUACUUGACCAUCGUGCGGCUAUCAAGUCUUUGGUCAAUGUACGGUCAUCUGCCAUUGGGAGAUCAGGACGCAACCGCCGUGACAGCCGGGACGAUUCAAAUUACCGAGGAGGACCCAGUCGUCGUCGCGAUAGCCAUGACGAAAGAUAUAAUAACCGGGACUUCCAGCCUCGCAGUAAUGGAGGGCGGACGUAUGGCAGUCAGAGGAAUAGGAAAGCUGAGAGACCACGCGACCCUGCGAGCCAGAUGUCCAAAGACUGA